GGACUUGUUAAGAAAAUGAUACCCUACAAAAUCUCUUAAAUGUACAUAUAAAGACACACAUCUACAAUGGACAGAAGUUUAGGGUCUCGACUGCAGACAUUAUUUCAACAACUGGAGAAGAUUGGGGGUAAGCAGGCAAGGAAUCAGACAAGCACAGAAGACCUACAGUCCAUAAGAUAUGUCACCACUAAGAUCUACCAGAUCCUCAACUCACAAGACAAAGCUCACAGAGAUACAGUCAUUAAGAACUCGGGAUGGAUUGAUCUUAUUCUGGCUACUUUAAAGAACACGAGUGACAGAGCUGUACUUUUGAACACAAUACAGAUUUUAGCAGAAAUUGUAGGGAAAACUCAGGUUGGUAAACGAGCCAGUGUGCUAGUGAGUGCCAAUGCCACCAACAUUUUAUUCCAGCUGGUGUACAGGGAGGCUGAGGACCAAAUGUCCACUGAUGAAACCAUGAUGUUGGCUCACUACAUCCUGGGGAAACUCUCCCAAAAAGACCGUAAAUUUGCUACCAAAGCACGACUAAACUUGGUCCUGUUAAUCACCCUGAAUUUGAUCAAGAAUAAUCUGUACAACUUUAAGAAUCUUCAGUCAUUACUACAGGUGUUCAAAGCCUACACCAACAAUAGUGUGAAUGCAUCAUACUUGGGUAAGCAGAACUCAAUCCCUCCGAUGUUCCGUGUGAUCCAGCAGUGUGGGAGGAAACACACGGCGAUUCUGAAGCUGGCGCUGGACAUCCUGACUAACCUCACUAAGUCAAGGAACAAUGCAGCAAGAACCAUAGGUGGGGAGCACGUCCCACAUCUAUUGGCACUGUACCAUGAAUGGCAUCAGCUGGACACUAAACACAGACAUGUCAGUCUCAGGAAAGCUAUUCUAAACAUCCUGAAAAAUAUCACCAAUCUGCGUUCUGGGAGGAAGGCUUUGGCUGAUGCUAAUGGGAUCCAGGUUCUGUAUGACAGUGCACUGGAGGUGAUUGAUUGUCGAGAGAUGGAGAGUUUGAUUCUUCUGGCCAGUGUUAUUAUGAGAAAGUGCUGUCCCAGAAAUAAACUGCCCCUGGACAAUCUGCAGAGUCCCUUCCGCCAGGAGCUGCCCGAGUCAGACCUGUAUCCCACAGGACAAGAUGGGAUAAAUGACAAUGGUUUUAAUGGUAACUCACCAGACAGUGAUAACAGCUCGUUAGAGGAGGAUGACGACAUCGAUUCCGAUGAUGAAAGGUUUAAAACAGAGGACCAUUCAGAAGAGGCUGAAGAUGAUGCCAGUGAAGCACCGGAGCCAUACAAGAGAACUCCUGAGGACCUAAGAAUGUACGACAAUUUCUUCCCAGAACUGUUUGAAAUUGAGCCCCAAGAUGAUGACGAGCCCUCAGCUUCUAUUUACAUCCCAACGGGCAACAUAGAUUCCUAUGGAACUGUUCCAUCUGAACCGGAGCCCAGACAACCUACUCUUAGAAUGCCAACAGCCUCCAGUUACUCCAGCUCUAAAAGUAGUGGCUACAGCUCCUUACACUAUGACACACCAGACUACGAAUCUUAUGGUGCUACAAGAUGUGACUCUGCCACUGCCAUCAACCUUAAAACUGGAACCAGUGUGUUCUCAUUGGAUGGACCCUUAUCACAACCAGUCAAAGCCCCGCCCAGUGCCAAACCUAAGCAACUGCUGCAAAAAUCAAAUAGUUCUUCCUCCUCCUCACUUCGAAAGCAAAAAGGAAGUAAGAAAAUGACAAAGGACAAAAAGAAGAAGAGUUCCUCUUCCCUCUCAUCUACUGCCAGUACGGGAGUGAGGUUGAAUGAGGCAGAGACUGAGUUCUGUAACGCAUUAUGUAUCACCCCAUUUCCUUCAUCCAGUAAGGAGUUUGACCUUGAUCGGGAGGGGUACAGCAGUGAUGAGGAGGAGAUGGAUCAGUGCCUUCACAAUCCCAUUGUAUUCCAGGAACUGGCCGGUGCCACCAAGAGUGUCUUCAGAUUUGAGAAGCUGGCAUAUCCAGACUUAGUGGGAGGGAAAUCCCCACCUAGUCUGGAGGGACUGUAUCACAGAAAAUUCGGAGUUCAGAGAAUGAAAGUGUUUGAGGACAUAGACAGAAUGAUUCACCCUGAGCAUGUUAUAGACCGUGUGGUGUAUGAUGUGGAUACUGUGGUCGCCCGAGCCUCUAGUGCCUACUCCCCAUCUAACGCUAACCUCAGUAACAGGGACCAGAUGAGGAUAGGAAGUCGACUUGAGGCUGGUGGGUCGGCCUCGUUACGUUUUAAUUCACAGUUUGAGAGUGGCAAUCUCAGGAAGGCCAUUUGGGUUCGAGAGUUUGAGUAUGACCUUAUUCUGAACCCAGAUGUGAACACAAAUCACCACCACCAGUGGUUCUAUUUCGAGGUCAGCAAUAUGAUUGCUGAUGUGCCUUAUAGGUUUAACAUUGUCAACUGUGAGAAACUCAACAGCCAGUUUAACUUUGGAAUGAAACCGGUGAUGUUUUCUGUGACCGAAGCCAUGGAUGGAAAGCCAUAUUGGUUGAGGAAAGGCUCCACAAUUUGUUACUAUAAAAAUCACUUCACUCGCAGUGCCCAGGCCACGGGAGGAGUCAAGGGAAAGACAUAUUAUACUGCCACCUUCACUAUGACCUUCAAACAUGACAAGGACAUCUGUUACCUAGCAUACCAUUAUCCUUACACAUAUACCACACUACAGACACACCUCAAUCUCUGGGAACAGUACUUAGACCAUACACAGAUCUUCUUCAGGAAACAGACCCUUUGUAACACAAUCACUGGAAAUGGAGUCCCUGUCCUCACAAUUACGGCCCAGCCCAAGUCACUGAGCAAGGACUUUGUAGAUGACCUUAGGAGUAGACCAUACAUUUUCUUAUCUGGAAGAGUUCAUCCAGGAGAAAGUAACUCCAGCUGGGUCAUGAAAGGUACAAUAGAUUUCUUGCUGAGCAAGAGACCAGCUGCCCAGUUAUUGAGAGAGACCUACAUCUUUAAGAUUGUCCCCAUGCUAAAUCCAGAUGGUGUCAUCAAUGGAUGUCACAGAUGUUCAACUGCAGCUGAGGACCUGAACAGAAGAUGGGACAACCCUUGUCCUAAGCUCCACCCCACCAUCUACCAUGCUAAAGGACUACUGCAGUAUAUGCAGAUGAUAGGAAAAGUUCCUAUGGUUUUCUGUGACUACCAUGGUCACUCCAGAAGAAAAAAUAUAUUUAUUUAUGGCUGCUGUCCCACCCUGUCCUACAUACAAAAUGACACCAAAAACCCAGCAUGCACAGGGAAUAAGACAGAGGAUAAUUCAUUUAAGACAUUACCCAGAAUCCUUCAUCUGACAUCACCUGUGUUUUCGUGGCAGAACUGUAGCUUUGUAGUAGAGAAAGCAAAGGAAACAACAGCUCGUGUGGUAGUGUGGCGACAAAUUGGUGUUAUACGCAGUUACACUAUGGAAAGCUCAUACUGUGGCAUAGACAAGGAUGGAAAAUUCAAGGACCAGCAUAUUUCUACCUUUAUGUUGGAGGAAAUGGGACAGAAGUUUUGUGAGGGACUACUGAGACUAAAGACUAGAUACUCGGGGAAGGAUCAGGCAGUCUCCCUCCCAUUCAUGGAAGGAGGAAACUCCUCUAAUGAACCCACUCAAGAAUCUGGCUCUGAUGAAUUGCUGGCAGAGGCUGAUGAAGAUAUAAACCUCCCUGAUGAACAGAUCCUGUACGGGGCUGAGGAUGAGGAAUAUGAUGAGGAUGAUGAAGAUGAAAUGUAUGAAGAAGAUGAAACUUAUGAUGAUGACAGAAAUUGAACACAAAGGGAAUUCUGAGAUCUUGUGAUGGAUGGAAUUAUGGUGGAAUUAAAUCUGGAUGAAUGCUUUAGGCCUGUAGAAUUAAUUAGUAGGAUAUUAGGAUCCUGCUAGUAUGUUAAUGGGAAUGCUCAAAGGUUAUAAUGUAGAGAAAUUAAAAAAACCAACAUUUUAUCCACUAGAUAGGAGUAGAUACAGAUCUGUUUGUUUCUGCAUUUAUGGCAAUCAAUUGCUUAUUGAUCACCAUAUACAUGUAUUGAGUCAAAUUAUUUUUUUUUUCACUGAGGUGAAUUUAGAUAACAUUGCCUGUUUUAUUUUUUAAUAACUUUUAUUUUACAUGUCUAUUAAAAAGUUUUUUGAGUCAGUGAUAUUUGAAUUCAAAUUGUAGCAGUUAAUUUUGCUUUAGAAGUAAGAUCUGAUGGCUGUUUUAAUUCUUUUACAUACAUUCAGUAAUUAGACUAAUUCAUUAUCUAUUGUAUGCAGUAGAGUUUCCUAAAUAAUAAUGCCUCAGUGAGGCUUCAGUGAUUAUCAUUGACCUUCUAAAGUGCAUUAAUAUACUUAUCAAUUACAUAUUUAAGUCAGGGGCAUUUAACAUCCAUCUUGUAUAGUAUGUGUCUGUAUGACCUCAUCAAACACAGCCAAACAAUAUUCAGUGGAUCACAAACUUAAAUGUCAGAGAUUCUGAAAGCAAUUCUGUCAGUAUUAGUUGUAUAUUCAUUCAUGUUAGGAGUGCAGGAAGCAAUGAAAUUAUCCUUAUUAUAGUCACUGUUUUUAUUAAUGUUUUGAGGCCAUGUGAACAACAGCUGUUAAUCAACAAUUUCUUUGGUCUUUUAUAGUCUUUGAUGGUAAUAUGUUUUAUCCUAUGCAUUUUCAAACAUUUCAUGUAUGUGCAAUACAUAAAAAGGUAAUGUUUCUGAAUUCAUAAUAGCUUUUGCUGUCUCAAGAAUGUUAUUUUAAAGCCUAUGGUGUUGUGCUAUGACAAUCUGCCUUCAUUUUCAUAUAUAUAUAUAUAUAUAUAUAUAUAUAUAUAUACACACACACACACACCCUCACACACACACACACACACACACACACACACAUAUAUAUAUAUUAGGAAUGGCAAUAUGUAACUGGUUAACCCGUUAUUUGGUCAUAACAAUGGUAAUCGGUUAGAAAAUCUGUAAUCGGUUAGUUGGAAAAUAUUCAAAUAUGUGUAAAUUUGAAUGCAAUUUCCUGAAAAUUCAAUUAAAAAGAUAUAGAAUUAAAAAAAUCUGAAAUGUUAUAUAGAAUUUCACCUAUCUUAAGCUGACUGACAUCGCAGGGGUAAUUGGUCAGUUUUUGAGAUGUUAAUUGCUGUUUUAACACCAUGUUGUUACCCAGCCUGUCCUGUGUUUCUUUAAUGAUUUUAAUUAAAUGAUCGUUGAAUACUAUGAACUGGUUAUAAUAUGUGUUACAUGUACUUUUUCUAUCCUGUGCAGUUACCUAUCGAAUUAUAUUAUUAAACAGACACUAUUAGUUCACACUUAGUUCUUACAGAGCAGUAUGGUGACAGAGCAGAAUAAACUUGCGUGACAUCUGGUAUAAAAGUUCUUGAAUGUGACUAAUACUUCAGGCAUGUUUCAUGGGUUUUGUAAACUUUUUUCCUAUCAAAAUUGAAAUGAAAAUAUAUACAGUGUUCUGAUCAAAUAUAGAUAUAAUAUUACCUACACCUUAUAGUCUUCUUGUUUAUUUGAAUACAGCUUACAUUGAUGAAAUGUGUCCAGAGAAUAUUUUGUGAACUAUUGUACUUAAUAUCUUGAGUGUAAGUUUUUGAUAAGAUCUUCAAGCUAUUGUAAUUGCUACAGAGCUACUGUAAUACAAAGCUGUAUUCAGUAUGUGAUGUGUUACUGUGAUACGUAUAAAGACUGCUAUUAUAUUAACAUUUUAUUUCUAUGCAUACAAAUAAAGAGACUAUUUAUUACAA